AUGGACAGCAUUCUGGAUCAGCAGCGGGGAGAUCAGGGGCUGCGAAAAUAUGUGACGGCGGUGGGAGAGUAUGCGGAAGACAACUUUAGUCGCAGAGACAAGGAAUUCGCUCUGAAACUCAUCGUCCGUCGGAUCAUUCAGCGAGGACACGGCACUUCGACAUCUCGCCGCCGCUGCACUCAGUGGUGGAGGGUAUUGAGAGAGGCUCUUAAAUUGGCGAAUACGGAGUCCCUGCCCCCCUCUCACCCGUUCUUCUACUGCUUCCCCAGGUACAUCCUGUCUGGGAUCUUAACGGCGUGCCAGCUGGCUGCGGUGCAAAUGAGCUGCCCGGACUAUUUGGCAAUUUUUCUAGGCUCCCAUUUAAACCUGGUCUUUCAGAAGGCUAUCCUUUUCGUCAGUCUCGGUCUCGGGUUCACCAGCCUUGAUCAUCUCCUGACCUUGAACAUUACCCCGUGGAGGUCCCAGAGACGGUGCAAGGAGCUUUAUAACGCAUUGCAAUCGCUGCCUGCUGAAGAUAUACUUGCCCUCAAGAGCUCUUCACAAUGCUCUAACUGGCAACUCAAGAUGGAACAGCUUAGGUACCGAUGGGGACUAGUUCUCCCUUGGUGGCAGUACUAUCCCACCCGAUGGCUGCCCCCGGUGCUAGACCAAGAUUCGACUGCUGCCACCUAUGAUACUAUUAGUGCCCUUCAACAAGAGGACAGCGAGCAUCCCCCUACCUAUGAAGCAGCUAUAGCCAUUUCCGUCACCUCUCCGCCACCGGCCUACAGCAGACAACUUUCGAUGCCACAAGGUGAUCUGAUGGGUUGGAAUGAUCAAGCCGAAGCCAAUAUGACAGGUCUUGGGAGAUUGAGUCAAAAUCUCAGUUUACAGCCCAACCCCAAGGAAAGGUUGCUGCUUCUUGAGCACCAGGAAAUCAUCGGUGCAAUUUUGGUGCUUGAGAGCCCUCUAUCGGUUACUUCACUUUCUAAGCUUCUUGGCUUCAGCGAAGAAACAAUAGUCCGGAGAAUUAGGUCACUACGGCCGGUUCUCGCUAUACCCAGCGAUCUGACUGAGCCGGUGCAGCUUUGUGAUCGAUCAUUUCGAGACUAUCUUCUCGAUCCAGCUACUCGUCAUGAGCCCCCUUUAUGGGUGGAUAAGAAACAGGCCCACCGGAAUUUGGCUGCAAGAUGUCUCAACAUCGGUGAUAGUCUGAAAAGCAAUAUGUGCGGACUGAGCGACAAUACAGAACGCGCGCGCAUUGAUCGGUGGAAAAUCGACCACGAUUUCUCUCAAGAAAUGCAGUACGCUUGUCGAUAUUGGGCUCGUCAUCUAAUACAAGGCAAUGAAUCUAUCUCGGAAAUGGCCAAUGCGCUUUUCUUUCUUAAGAAGCACUUCCUGCACUGGAUGGAAGCAAUGAGCAUUCUAGGCCUCGCCUUUGAAGUUGCGAAAAUUAUUACCCUACUGCAGUCGGUAUUACAUGUUGACAGGGGGAAUGACAUAUCAAGGUUUUUGCACGAUGCAAAGCGGUUUGUUCUCAAGUACGGACAAAUAGCAGAUGAUUUCCCCCUUCAAAUUUAUACCUCGUGUAUCUUCUUUGCACCUGAAAUGUCGAUAGUUCGCAAGCAAUUCCAAGGAGAGCUUCCAAACUGGAUACGCAGGCUUUCAAAUACCCCAAGAGAUUGGAGCGCAGAGCUGCAGGCCCUUGAAGGCCAUUCCGAUAUAGUUACGUCGUUGGCCUUCUCGCCCGACGGCCAGUUACUGGCAUCCGGUUCACGAGAUCAUCUCCAACCUUCUGAUCGGGCCUUCCUGGUUUGGGACACGUCCACGGGUGCCUUGCAACCACAGAGAUUUGAGAGUCACUCAAAUAGGCUUUGUUCGGUAGCUUUUUCGCCCGGUGGUCAGCUCCUGGCUUCGGUGUGUGACAAAACUGUUCAGCUCUGGGAUGUGGCGACGAGGGCACUGCAGCGGACCCUAAAGGGCCAUCAAAAUUCGGUGAACGCAUUAUCAUUCUCGCCUGAUGGCCGGCUCCUCGCAUCUGGAUCAGGCGAGCGAUUCGAGAAGAUUGAUAACUCGGUUCGGCUCUGGGAUACGGCUACUGGCGCCCUGAGGCAGACUCUCCGGAACUAUGAAGGUCCAGUCAACUCGUUGGCCUUCUCACCCGAUGGCCUGCUCCUAGCGGUUGCCUCUACUUGUACCAUCCAGCUCUUGGACGCGGCUACGGGUAACUUGCGGCGGACUCUCGAAGGGGGUAGAACUUUUGUGGAGUCGGUAGCCUUUUCACCCAACGGUCGAUUACUAGCUUCCGGCUCCAACGGUUUACGCGGCCUUCCCGAUGAGCCCCUGAAGCUUUGGGACGUGGCCACAGGGACUCUGCACCGAGUCAUUGAUUGCGAUUCAGGGACUGUUUACUCGGUGGCCUUUUCACCCGAUGGUCGAUUACUAGCGUCCGCCCAUACUGAUCAGACCGUCCGGCUUUGGGCCGUUACUACGGGAACCCUGAAGAAGACUUUCAAGGGUCAUAUAGGUUCGGUCGCAUCAGUGGCCUUCUCACCUGAUGGUGGAUUGCUGGCGUCCGCAUCUUACGAUAAGACCGUCCGGCUGUGGGAUGUGGCCGUAAGCGACGUACAGCCGACGCUCGAGGGCCGUCCAAAACCAGUACAAUCUGUUAUAUUCUCGCCUAACGGCCAGCUACUAUUGUCUAAGACUAACUGCGGGACUGUCUGUCUCUGGGAUGCGGCCACGGGUGCCCUAAAGUAUACUCUCAAGAGCCGUUCAAAUGUCAUCCGGACGGUGAUAUUCUCUCCCGAUGGUCAGCUCCUAUCGACAGGGUCGGCAGGGUCAUCUGGAACAGUCCAGAUCUGGGAUACAGCCACAGGAGCCCUCCGGCGUGAGUUUGAUGGUUUAGGAUCAGACGGGUCUUCACGAGACGUAUACUCGGUCGCGUUUUCACCUAGCAGCCGUUUUCUUGCCUCCGGCUGUAUUGGGAAUAUCCUGAUCUGGGAUACAAUGAAAGGCAAUCUGCAGCAGACUCUCACCGGUCAUACAUGGUCGGUAGAGUCGGUAGUUUUUUCACCUGACGGUCAGCUCCUAGCGUCCGGUUCUUACGAUAAGACAAUCCGGCUUUGGAACCCGUUCACAGGUGUCCUGCAGCACACCUUUCGGGAAAACUUUACUGCGCUGGAUUCAUUGACCUUCUCACCUGAUGGUCGAGUCUUGGUGUUUGCCUCGUCCAAUAGCGGGGUUAUGCUAUGGAAUACCCUCACAGGCACAUUUCUGCACAGCCUUGAUGGCCACGCGGUAGCCUUCUCCCCUAACGGAGAGAUUAUAGCGUCCGCUUUCAAUGGUGACAUGCUGGGACUCUGGGAUGUGGCCACGGGAAUUCUGCAAAAGAGCUUACAGGUCAACGGAAGGGUUACAGACCUGGAAUUCUCUGCAGAUGGUUCAUACCUCUGUACUAAUCUGGGAUAUGUUGAAAUCGGAUUGUCGCCAGAAAGUCUCCCCUUGAGUAGGAGGCCAAUGACGAAUAUAUUCCUGGCGGAAGACCGGUGGCUCAACUCACACAGUGGCAAGGCACUAUGGCUACCUCCUGAAUCUCGGCCCUCCUGUUCGGCAGUCAAAGACAAUAUUCUUGCAUUGGGACAUGCAUCAGGACAAGUUUCUAUUUUCAAAAUUGGCGACUGA